AUGAAGUUCUCCCUUACUGCCGUCUCUGCUCUCAUCAGCCUCGCUGCUGCUGCCCCCACCACCGAGGGACAGAGUGAUAUGGCCAAGCGCGCGGACGAGCAAGCCUGCGUCUCUCAGUGCAUCCAGAGCACACCGUCUUGCGGCUUCACUUGCUGGACUGCCUGCCUGGUCAGCUGCCUCCACGCUGGUGAGGCUGAUGAGGUCCAGAAACGUGAGAUCAUGGAUAUUGUCGCUCGUGCCUUCGACAAUUAG